AUGCUGAACGGUCCCUGCCCACACCCAAGUCUUCCCACGCCAAUCCGUCCUUUUCCGGAUUCGUCUCAAUCUGUACCACCGAGCCCAACGCCGCCUCAGGCAGCGACCAGAAAGCGCAGAGGUAGACCGACGAAGUCACGCAAUGCCCCAAACUGGAACAAACGCCGCCGUGUUCGCUUCUCCGAUCCUAUCCUUCCCGACCCAGAUUCCGAGCCGGAACCUCGCGACACGCACGUCUUCGUCCGCGUGCUCAAGAUCAUAGUUACCAUCGAGACGCCUAGUCCACCCCAGCGGGAGGAAUUGGUGUGGAACAAUCGCGCCAAGGGUUGGAGGCUGGCCGGCGAGAGGAGCGAGCGGAACAUUGAGGAUAUUUCUGAGUUGUUUGACGAUCUCACGGAGCAUGGCGCGCUCCUGAGGGUUGUCCUUGCCCCAACAGUGGGAAGAGGAGCACGGGAGCCGGUCGAGAUGGGCUGGAAUGGGGCGGGAUGUUGUUUUCAAGGCUCCAACCAGGACCUCGGGACCUUGUCGGUCGCUUUGGGCGAGAUGAAAGACAUGGUGAAGGAUCCGUGGGCGAGACAGUUUGUUGGAUACGUGCUGCUUUGA